GAAACACAUUUCUCGUUAACGUAGCCCUGGCAGAUUUCCUAGUCUCAGGUCUGGUGGUGCCGGCGUCAGCGGUCGUCAUCUUGGCAGGCCUGCGCGACAACAACUUGGUCGUUUGCAGAUUCCAAUGGUUCCUCGCUACCUUGUGUUUCUUGGUUACUGUUCUGUCAUUAGCAGCAAUCGCGGUAGAGAAUUAUUUUCGCCUUUGCUUCUCACAGAAUUGCUACGAUAAACUGACCCGUAGAAAAAUAACCAUCAUUCUCCUAGUAUUAUGGAGUGUAUGUUCCUGUAUUUCUGGACUACAGUUCACUAAAGAUUUAUCCUUCGAUUAUUGCACGAGGAAAUAUUCAGGACUCAUCCCAUAUCAAGCCACGGUGGGGGCCGUUCUAGUGUUUCUACCUAUGACAAUCACGCUCAUCUCCUAUGUAAGAGCUGGUUUCCAAGUUCGCAG